AUGGACGUCCAGGUUGCACUCCACGUGCACAUCAAGAGCUACGAGCAGAAGAUCGGAUACGUCUUUGGACAAGUCAUUGACAACUUCGGAGAGGGAGGUUCCGGCGUCAACAUGAGAUUGAUCUGGCUCAUCGUCAUUGCCGCCAUCUACUUCUUGUUAACAUGGACCUACCUCACCGCAUGGUCCCACUGCGGAGCCCUCACAACGCGCUUGCUGAGAGAAAGGUAUGUCAAGUCAUUACUGUACCAGGACAUGACAUACCACUCCGCCAACUCGACUGCUUCCACUGCAAAUACCGCACUCACAUCAGACACGCAUACAAUCCAAAUGGGUAUCUCCGAGAAAGCCGGAAUCUUUGUUCAAUCCAUCGCAUACUUUAUCGCUUCCUUCGCAGUAGGAUUCGCGCUCGUACCAAGGUUGACCGGAAUCCUCAUCUCUGUCGUACCCGCAUUCAUCCUCGUCAUGGUCGGCGGCUCGCAUUUCGUCUCUCGGUACGCGAAUCGCGCCGCGAAAUCCCUGACAUCAGCAACCUCCCUCGCCGAAGAAGUCCUCGGACAGAUCCGUACCGUCAAAGCCUUCAACUCCCAGAGCACCCUCAGCAAGGAACACGACGAAGGUCUCCGCGUCGCAUGGAAAUGGUCUGUCCGGAAAGCCUGUGCAGCCGCCGCAGUCCUCGGUGGAGUCUGGUUCGUCGCAUACGCUGCAAACGCAUGUGCAUUCUGGUACGGUGCGCACAUGAUCGCAUCCGAGCCCACGGGCUCUACAUCCGUCGGAAAGGUCUAUACCGUCGUUUUUUUGAUUCUCGAUUCGAGUUUUGUUAUUGGACAGUUUUCGCCGUUUUUGCAGACGUUUGCGUUGGCUGGGGCUGCGGGGAGUAGGAUCUUGGGGACGAUUGAUCGGAAGAGUGAGAUUGAUGUCCGAGAUGAGACGGGAGAAAAGGUGGUUUCGGAGGAGUGCAAGGGAGAGGUUGUCUUCAAGGGGGUGCAGUUUGAGUACCCGGGUAGGGAGGGUGUGAGGGUGUUGAAGGGACUCGAUUUGCGAUGUGAGGCGGGCAAGGUUACUGCUAUCGUUGGGUCUUCGGGAUCGGGAAAGUCUACAAUCAUCAACCUAUUGGAGCGAUUCUACGAUCCCCUUGGAGGCCAAGUCCUCCUCGACGGCAAAGACCUGAGGCGGCUUAACGUCGACUCUCUUCGCGAGCAGAUCGCACUCGUGUCCCAGACCCCGACAUUGUUCGACGAGACUGUCAUUCGCAACAUCUCUUACGGUAUCCGUCACCUCGACGCCCCGAUUUCUGACCCAGCACUCAGAGAGAAAUGCAUGGAAGCCGCACGCAAGGCCAAUGCGGAUACCUUCAUCAGGGAGCGUUUACCAAAGGGAUACGACACUUUCGUCGGAGAGGGCGGAGCGAGCUUGAGUGGUGGACAAAAACAGAGAGUCUGUCUCGCCCGAGCACUCGUCAGCAACCCCAGGAUUCUGCUGUUAGAUGAAGCCACCAGUGCGUUGGACACCACAAGUGAGCGACUCAUCCAGCAAUCGCUCAAGGACGCAUACAUCGGCCGUACAGUCAUCGUCAUCGCUCACAGAUUGAGUACGAUUCGCGAUGCGGACAAGAUUGUCGUGAUGGACCACGGUCUCGUCAUCGAAGAAGGUACGCAUGAGGAGUUGAUGGCUAAGCGUGGACGGUACUGGACUAUGGUUGGUAUUCAGGAUGUUAGCGGCGACGUUAUCCCCGGGAGUGCCGAGACGGAUGUCGAUAUCGACGAGAUGCUCGAGAUGGAGGCGGGUGAGGGAGUGGUGAUCGAUCAAGUCAAGAGCCAGGUCGAGGAGAAGAGGUAUUCUGUCGAUAGCCAGGGAAGUGGGGCAGGCAAGGGGGAUGCGAAGUAUACUGUGGGACAUCUCGUGAAGAGGGUGUUGCAGCUUACGAGACCUGAGUGGGGAUAUUUGGCGGUUGGGUUGACGGCGAGUAUUAUUACUGGUGGUACUACGGCUGCUGAGGCGAUUCUGUUUGGUCAUCUCGUUACUGCGCUCAAGUUGACCGGCCAGCCCGAUCAGAUGAGGAGCGAGGCGAAUCUCUAUUCUGGGUUGUUCUUUAUGGUGGCAUGUGUAGAGUUGAUCGCUUACACUGCUCAUGGUUCGGCGUUCGGAUACGCGGCGGAGAAGUUGGUGAGGAGGGUUCGCGACAAGUCCUUCCGGACGAUCUUGGGUCAAGAUCAAGCUUGGUUCGACAGGGACGAUAACUCACCUGGUCAAAUGGUGUCGAGGCUUUCCAUGGAUGCCACGCAUCUCUCUCAGAUGAGUGGUGUGGUGCUCGGUACGAUCUUUUCCGUUGUCACGACAAUCAGCGCCGGUCUCAUUCUUGCUCAUAUCAUUGCGUGGAAGAUCUCCGUUGUGCUUCUCUGCGCAGUACCAGUGUUGCUCGUCGCUGGAUUCUUGAGACUACAUAUCGUCGCCAAAUUUCAAGAGAAACACGAGAAGAGUUUCGUCAAGUCUGCUGCUUUGGCCACCGAGGCCAUUUCCUCUAUUCGCACGGUUGCGUCGCUCGGACGUGAGGCCGAUGUUGGACUGCAGUACCACGAGUCUCUUAUGGGACCUUGGAGGGAGAAUUUGAGGUUCUUCGUCGUCGGUAACUUUUGGCUUGCAUUCGCGUACUCGAUCUCAUACUACCUGUACGCUCUCGGAUAUUGGUGGGGUUCGAAGCUCGUUAGCAAUGGCGAGUAUACCACAACGCAGUUCUUCAUCACGCUUCCUGCCGUCUUGUUCUCUGCCCAAGCUGCCGGACAGGUCUUUGCACUCGCACCGGAUAUCACUCAGGCCAAGAGCGCAGCAAGGAAUGUGUUCAAGUUGCAUGACCAGAAGGGUGUAAUCGAGGCCAUCGAUGCAGCACCUGUGAAUGAGAAGCAGCCGGAGCAUACUUGUGAGGGUAAGAUUGAGUUCAGGGAUGUCGCCUUCAGAUACGAAACUAGACCUGAUGUUGCGGUUUUGCAGGGGUUGGACAUCACCAUUCACCCCGGUCAAUUCGUUGCCUUGGUGGGUGAAUCUGGGUGUGGUAAAUCGACGACGAUUGCAUUGCUUGAGCGCUUCUACGACCCCAUCAGAGGUAGCAUCCGUGUCGAUGAUCAGGACAUUCGCGAUCUGAAUGUUCGCACUCAUCGUUCCCGCAUCGCCCUCGUUGCUCAAGAGCCUGCGUUGUAUGGUGGCAGCAUCAGGCAGAACAUUUUGCUUGGUUCGGAGAAUCCCGAGGAUGUCACCCAGGAGGACAUCGAGCGGGUUUGCAAGGAAGCGAACAUUCAUGACUACAUUGUCUCGCUUCCCGAGGGUUACGAUACAGAAUGCGGUGGUAAGGGUGGUUCGUUGUCUGGUGGUCAACGCCAGCGUAUUGCCAUUGCACGUGCUCUUACCAGAAACCCGAAAAUCUUGAUUCUCGACGAGGCGACGUCUGCCCUUGAUACCGAGAACGAGAAGUUGGUGCAGGAGGCGCUGAACAAAGCAGCGAAGCACAGGACUACCAUCGCUAUUGCACACAGGUUGAGCUCAAUCAAGAGUGCUGAUUGCAUCUACGUCAUGGAGGAGGGUAGGGUUGUUGAGCGUGGCACGCACGAAGAGUUGAUCAGAUUGGGUGGAAGAUACAAGAUGAUGGUGAUUCAGCAGAGUUUGGACGCUUAA